UGUACAGUAAAUACUAUCAGCUCUGCCUCCUUCCCUCUUGCUGCAGCGAUGAAAGCAGAGGAGAGAAUCGAGACUAACCAGUGGAUGUGCCACAAAAACGUCCGUUAGAGCUGGGAAUAGCUUCUCUGCCCGCCGUCAGCCUUGGUGAGCUCGCAGGUCUCCGGUGGUUUAAUCGAAGAGAAGAAGCUAGCUGUGUGUCAGAGAGAGAGAGGAACCAGAGCUAACGGAGAGACAGAAAGGGGGUUUGUCGGCCCACUGCAGUCUGAAUCACCGAAGACUCGCCCCGCCGCUGGUUCAUCAUCGACGUGCGCAUCCUCACGGAACAAGAAAGCACCGGGAGGGGACGGGACCCGAGCCAGUGUUUGACCCUCUGCCGCAGCCCCGAGGUGCGCUGCUUGGCAGAGCAUGCUAAAUAAUGAGCCAAAGGGACACACUGGUUCAUUUGUUCGCUGGAGGAUGUGGAGGUACAGUGGGUGCUAUUUUGACUUGUCCUCUGGAAGUGGUGAAGACCAGACUGCAGUCCUCCUCCAUCACUCUCUACAUCUCCGAAGUCCAACUCAGCACCGUCAACGGAGCUAGUGUGGCCCGUGUAGCCCCGCCAGGGCCUCUGCAUUGUCUCAAGUUAAUCCUUGAGAAAGAGGGACCCCGUUCACUCUUUAGAGGUCUGGGACCCAACCUUGUGGGUGUGGCACCUUCCAGGGCGAUCUACUUUGCUGCCUAUUCAACAGCCAAGGAGAAACUGAAUGGCGUGCUGGAGCCAGACUCUACCUACGUGCACAUGGUGUCAGCUGGGAUGGCAGGGUUCACCGCCAUCACAGCCACCAAUCCCAUUUGGCUGAUCAAGACCCGUCUGCAGCUGGACUCCAGAAACCGGGGAGAGCGGCGCAUGAAUGCAUUUGAGUGUGUGCGGCGGGUGUACCAGAUGGACGGCCUGCGAGGUUUCUACAGGGGCAUGUCAGCCUCAUAUGCUGGCAUCUCUGAGACUGUUAUCCAUUUUGUCAUCUAUGAGAGCAUCAAACGGAAACUGUUGGAGGCGAAGGCCCAAACCAGCAUGGACGAAGAGGUGGAAUCUGUCAAAGAUGCCUCAGACUUUGUGGGCAUGAUGCUCGCAGCAGCCACCUCCAAGACCUGUGCCACCUCUAUCGCCUACCCUCAUGAGGUGAUACGCACACGGCUACGAGAGGAAGGCAGCAAGUACCGCUCUUUCUUCCAAACUCUGCUGACGGUACCUAGGGAGGAGGGAUACCGAGCACUGUAUCGUGGCCUAACCACCCACCUGGUCAGACAGAUCCCCAACACCGCCAUCAUGAUGUGCACCUAUGAAGUGGUGAUCUACCUGCUUGGCCGUUAGCCCACCGGGCAUUCCUCCUUCCUGCUUUCAGAGGGAGACAGAAGUGGUUAGCAAAUGGCUGAGAAUGAUGCCCUUUGGUGAGGAACAGUGGGAGCGAAAAGUCAAAAUGAAGACCAAAGGAAAAGUGAAGAUACUCUAGUGGACCAGCAAAGGACAAAUGAAAAAAAAAGAUGAAGAAAAAGGAAGGAGGAAGCCCCUUUUGUUACUACAUCAGCAUCUCCACCUCCAGAUCCCUUUAUCAGACUGCUGGAACAGAUAGAGGGCGCUGUAGUUCACAGAAGAGGUAUUAUAGGUAGGAGAAAGGAGGCAGUGAAAGAUAGAGUUUGGAACCUGUUAAACAGAAGGUACCUCUGAAGGAAACGAUUUUAAGCACAAUUCAGUGGCCUUAACAGAAAGAAUUUUAGUAUGAGUCGUUUUCUCUGAGUGAAAAGUUAAAAAAAAAAAAAAAAAAGCCCUUUUCACUCCUACAGAGACGAUAUUGUGAAAGGGGAAUUCUCGGAGACAGCCGCAUUUGACAGGAAAGAUGAUAACUAAAUGUAGGUCAGUUUCAAAAAUCAAAGAAUUUCCGCUCGGCACUAUUUGUCUGCACUGGUAUGCUCUUGCUUCAGUGCUGUUAGACUACUGUAAGAUUUGGUGAGUGGCAGUUGAGGAAUGUUCACUGAAGGCAGAAUGUGAGACGAAUGUUUUCAUUUGAAACAAAGAUAUGAGUCUGUUUUCAAGUCACCUACGCCGCCUGUCUUUGCACUACAGAAAGUAUGUCUUCAAGCAUUCCCCUCCGAACGCUGCAGUCGACCCCCUCGAUGGCCUGAAGUUCACGCAAAGCAGUGCGCUCACCGGCCAAACACGAUGAAACACAAUGAAGAGCUUGUGAUGGCCCGUCACUCACAUGCCUCAGAGUGUUUAUAGAGUAUAUUGAAAAGCUGACUUUCUUUUAGUGUUUUUAUUCCUCUACAUGAUCCGGUGCCUGGCGGUGACAUGCUCCGGCUGAAGUUGGCCUUCAGUGUUGACAGUUUGUCUCUUUGUGCAAACCGAAAUAAGAUGGAGGCCAGCUUCUUCCUGCACCCAGUCGCUGCUCAGGACUCUGAAAUCUUUGUGUGAAAACAUAAGACCAAUGUGUCCUUUUUUUUGAGAUGUGAAGUGUGUGACUGUCCAAAUGGUACUGAGACUAAGUAUCUACCAUUGGAAUGCCACUACUUGAAUAUAAUGUGACAGUGUGGGGAAAUGUUGGAGUGUGACAAUGUUGGUGGGAAUUCAUCAGCACCCCAAAACCUGUUUGUUUGUGAGUGCGUCUAACAUGUUGGUCACUUUCACAGUGCCAACUAUGUUCAAGUGUGUGUAUGUGUAUGUGUGUGUGUGUGUGCGUGUGUGCAUGCGUGCAUCUGCAGUCAUGCAUGCAUGCCUGCAUGUAUAAUAAAUAUCUACUCCAGAUUUCCCUCCACUAACUAUUAAUCUUGCAAGACACUGCGGUUGGGAGUGUGGAAAAGCUACUGUACAAUACUGGCAGCUUUCAUUCCCACUCUCAUGUCAGUUCUUCCUUCCAGUGGCUUCCAACUGACCUGAUAACAUGCACUUUUGUGGCCUUUUAGGGCUUGUGCUUUGCAUUUUGUGUGGACAGUUUAAACUUGUACAUUGUAAAAGAAAAAAAAAGUAUUACUGUAUAUCAAAAUGGUAUUUUGCGCAACUGUUCUUAUAGCAGAUAUAUUGUACAGUGUAGAGUUCUCAGUAGUUGUGAAGGAUGUCCAGUGUGUGUGUACAUAAUAUAGAUACUGUAUAUGCAUAUCAUUUGUUUUUUUCUUAGGUCUGUGUAUGAUA